CUACGAUGCUGUAACUCAGAGUGUUACGUAGACGGACCGUAUGGGACCCCUACCAGACAGAUCUUUGCCUCGGAGCAUGCGGUCCUGAUUGGGGCCGGUAUCGGGAUCACACCGUUCGCCUCCAUCCUGCAGAGCAUCAUGUACCGGUACCGCAUGAGGAAGCAGAACUGUCCCAGCUGUAACUACUCCUGGUGUGAAAACAUCAAAGACAGCGAGAUGAAGCUACGCAAAGUGGACUUCAUCUGGAUCAACAGAGACCAGAAGUCCUUUGAAUGGUUCGUGAGUUUACUGACUAAACUCGAGAUGGACCAGGCUGACGAGGAGCCUGAAGGUGAGACUAUAAUAAAACGUAUUUAUAUUUAUUUAUACAGCUCAAUGUAGAUCAAAUAUUCAGAUGUGUGAGAGGACGAAUGUCCACGUCUAAAGAAAUGCUGUUCAAUGGUUCAACCAGACUGAAAGAGACAAAGAUCCUCUGAGGACGGAGACCAGAUGUCCAGAAUCCUGUCGGUCUAAACCUGAGUUUUGAUGAGUUCCGGCCGACUGAAACAUUGAAAUACUAUUCCUGCAUCAGUAUUUUGGGGUUGCCCACAGACGAAUUAUGGCAGUGCCACGAAUUGUUACACAACUCCACAUACUGUAAAGGCAACAAUGUAGAAUUAAAACCUUUACGGGGGAAAUGAAGCCAUCCAUCGCUGACAUGGUGCUCCAUCGUGGACGCAAUCGUGGAGUUAUGCAGAAUAUUUCGUUAGAUAAAAACAUUUGGGAAAUUAUGCCAUCUAUUGGAAAUGUUUGGAUAACACAAGUCUGAAACAAUCAACUUGGAUCCAAGUCAACAGGAGUAUAAUACAGGACUAGAACAUUUUGACAGUGUGGCUGCUACUGCCCGAAGACGUCACAAUCUAUAUACACACCAAUAGUACCAGCAGUAAGACGUAUGAUUGAGGUUCAAUUGAGAUAUUGCUUCUCUCAUUUCUGUAUUUAUGAUAAACAGUGUUGAACUUGAGAGGAGCUAUCGCUUCAUAGAAACAACAGAGUGAUUGGGGCGCCAGGGUGAAGGGGCAGACUCGAUCUACAAAACUACCUGUCAAACCUCUGCCCCUUUUACCAAAACCAUGAGUCUACUCAACAUCAUACUGAGAUCAUCAGAGAGAUAAGACUGCUUUUUGUUUGUGGUGUCAAAAAUGCAGUGGUGGGCCGUCAGGGCCAGCUA